AUGAGUCACCCAACCAAGAGUAUCAAUAUCAACCGAAAUCUUUGCCCCGCCGGCGCUUUGGGAAACGCUGGCGCAGGGGCUUGCUCGACAUCUUCUCCCUUACUUUUCUCUGCGAAUGAUAACCCCAACCCACCUCUGGCUAUAGCCAGGGCAGGUGGACAAGGUGGACAGAUUUACGUCUACGCCGAAGAUCCGGAGAAUCCCUCGACUUCUUACGCUUCUUUCGCUGGCGGAGGCCGGCAGUGGGGCAACGACGCCAGCGAGUCGUCAGAGACUAUGAGAGAACCUCUGACGUCCUACCUGCUCGAAUCCCUCUCUCAACAACCUGGACGAUCCAUCCAGGUCGAUCCUCUUACACCUCCCUCAUCAUUCACCCCCUCCGUCGAUAUACCCAUAUCAACGACAACCCCUCAUCACAUCCAAUCGACCUCCCUUCCUCUUACACCCGUAUCAUCCUCUUCACUCAGUGACAGUAAUACUUCUCCACCUCAACCUUCAAAAUCCAACCUACCAUCUACUCAAACUAGAACUUCCCGCCUUGAUAAGCGAGAGAGACAAAUCAUCUCCUUGAUCUCAUCAAUCUUUCCAACCCAUUUCCAAACCAUAACCAACCUCUCAACAACAUUAGAAAUAGUCACUCCGCCAUCCAACGUUCUCAAGGGAUUCAUCGUCGAUACAGCUAAAAACGGUAGAACCGUCUUCGUGCACAUGGAAACUAAUUCCACUAAUGAAGGAGCUUUCCGUCCAGAAACAUUAUCACCUAACUUCUCUCAAGUUCUUAGACCUCACGAUCCAUUAUUAUCCAUCUCUCCCCCGAAAUCAUCCGGUGGAACUGGAGGAGUGAUGUAUGGUAUGGAUAUAAGAGAAUCUUUAACUGCCUUAUUGGAUUUAUCGUCAGAUGCCCUAGAAGCGAAUAACCUAGUUUUAGUGUUAGAUCGAGAAGAGGCCGAACAAGAUGUUUUGGCUGAAACAUUACAUUCUUUAAUGUAUGUUGGUGGCCAAGUAUUGAAAUCGCCCUCGAAGACUCUGGGUGGAUGGGAAUGGGAUAUAAGAAAAUGGGUUCUAGUGGGAAUGGAACUUUAA